CACACAGUGUCGCAUUUCCAAAUCGAAAUGUCUUUCAAUGGCAUUUGGCGUAGCGGCCACCGUACACAAUUGUUGUACACCAUUUUAAUUGUCCUAUCGUCCUGUCGUUGCCAAGCUCAACAGCCCAGGCGUGAUGCAGAGUAUCCCCCACCGGCAAUUUUGAAAAUGGCAAAACCAUUUCAUGACAUAUGUGUGGAAAAAACUGGCGUAACUGAUGCGGCCAUCAAGGAAUUCAGUGAUGGCGAGAUCCAUGAAGAUGAGGCUCUCAAGUGUUAUAUGAAUUGCCUUUUCCACGAAUUCGAUGUAGUCGAUGAUAAUGGCGAUGUUCAUUUGGAGAAAUUGUUCGCCGCCAUUCCUGGCUCCUUGCGUGACUUACUCGUAAACGCUUCGCAAAAUUGUGUACAUCCGGAGGGUGAUACACUGUGCCACAAAGCCUGGUGGUUCCAUCAAUGCUGGAAGAAAGCAGAUCCGGUGCAUUACUUUUUGGUAUAAUUGAGGGAUGGAUAGAA